GCUGCGUCCUCCAGGGGUGUGAAGGGAGAUCUCCGAACCUAAGGGGCGUGGCUUAAUUAUCUCCUGCAGACGUGCGCCUUCGGGCUCUGCCCUCGCUCCUCCCCGCUGUAGGAGCGUAAGAGCUGCGGGGAGGAGCGGUUCGGUUUUUGCAUGGGCAGGGAACCGGAGGAAGGCCGCUCCUGGACGGGGAGGCCUUACAGUGACAGGCCGGACAUGCCGAGGUGAGCCCGGGUGUCAUGGAGAAUGAGUGACCGCUAGAGUGUUUACAGCCAUGGAGAGGGUGUAAUGGAGUGAUCUGCGGGCACCGGGAAUCUGUAUGACAGAUACAGCAGCACUGCUCAUCUAUGGCCACUCGUAUGAUAUACAUGAGUGUGACUGGAUAUGGAAUACAAUGACAAGCUGGCCAGGUUCCGUCAGGGUCAUCUCAACCCUUUUAACAAGACAAGAGAGGAAGAAAGUCCACAGGACAGAGAGCAAGAGUCUUCCAAGGAAUCUCCACCAGGAUCUCCUCUACGUGUACCAGAAUUCCAGUGCCCUGAGCGAGUGAUGGAUUUGGGUGUAUCAGAAGAUCACUUUUCCAGGCCGGUGGGCCUCUUUCUGGCGUCUGACAUCCAGCAGUUGAGACAGGCAAUUGAAGAGUGUAAGCAGGUGAUCCUUGAGCUGCCCGAACAAUCGGACAAGCAGAAGGACGCAGUGGUCAGACUCAUUCAUCUUCGACUCAAGCUGCAAGAACUAAAGGAUCCACAUGAGGAUGAGCCUAAUAUGCGGAUUAUAUUGGAACAUAGACUCUACAAGGAGAAGAGUAAAAGUGUAAAACAAGUGUGUGAUAAGUGCAGCACAUUUAUUUGGGGCUUGAUCCAGACUUGGUAUACAUGUACAGGUUGUUACUAUCGUUGUCAUAGCAAAUGUCUGAACCUCAUUACCAAACCCUGCGUGAGGUCAAAGGUUAGUCAUCAGUCUGAGUAUGAGUUAACCAUUUGUCCAGAGGCUGGACUGGACAGCCAAGAUUAUCGUUGUGCGGAGUGCAGGGCACCCAUCUCUUUACGAGCUGUCCCCAGUGAAGCCCGGCAGUGUGAUUAUACUGGGCAGUACUACUGCAGCAACUGUCACUGGAAUGAUCUUGCUGUCAUCCCGGCCCGUGUUAUACACAACUGGGACUUUGAACCACGCAAGGUGUCUCGCUGCAGUAUGCGGUAUCUUGCUCUGAUGCUUGGACGUCCAGUGCUGAGGCUACGGGAAAUUAACCCUUUGCUGUUUAACUAUGUGGAAGAGCUGGUAGAGAUUCGGAAGUUACGUCAGGAUAUCCUCCUCAUGAAGCCAUACUUCCUCACUUGCAAAGAGGCAAUGGAGGCCCGAUUGCUGCUGCAGCUCCAGGAUCGUCAGCAUUUUGUGGAGAACGAUGACAUGUAUUCCCUGCAGGAUCUUCUGGAUGUUAGCAGUGGACGGCUUGGGGCCUCUCUCACAGACAUACACACCAUGUUUGCCAAGCACAUUAAAUUGGACUGUGAGCGCUGCCAAGCUAAGGGCUUUGUGUGUGAACUAUGCAAAGAAGGAGACAUUUUAUUUCCAUUUGAUAGCCACACAUCUGUCUGCCAGGAUUGUGCUGCUGUGUUCCACAGGGACUGCUAUUAUGACAAUUCGACAAGCUGCCCUCGCUGUAUGAGGAUGAAUCUCCGAAAACAGACACAGGAGCCUGCUGAAGAUAAAUGGCAGCAGUGAGGAAGGCCCCACACAUGGCAUAACUAUGUACAGAGACUUGUAUGGUGCGCUGAAGACACAAGUGACAUCUACUGUGCCCUGGUACAAGACUUUGGAAUGGACCAUGGAUAAAAACAUGUUAAGAUGAUUUCCUCAGAAUCUAUGAAUCUUAUAGACAUUCCAGUAUGGUAGAAACUGACCAUUCUUCUAGAGACCUUACAUCUUAAUGAGAGACUACGGAUAUUACUGUAUGUAGAUCUGAUGUGGUGCCUUAUUGCUGCAGUAUACGUGGUGAUCUAGUCCUGUAAUUUCCUCUUCUUGCUCUCACCUGCAGGCACUGCCAUGGGAAACAUCAUUGAAAGAAGGUUUAUUACCAUUCUAUAAACCUUUCACAACUUGUGUAUAUAAAUGUACAGUCCCUGGCAUCUAUAAUACUAUUAUAAGUAGAAGUUUAUUGAAAUAUUUGGUGCCUAUUACCACUAAGGUGCUGAGAUAUUUUUUUUCUUUCUUGCAAUUUAGUUUGCAUGUUUUAAAAUGCCCUAUGGGCUUGUACAGGUUUCACUGUUUUCAUUACAGUCUGUUUUAAUUUAGCUGUAUGCAAAAACGUGGUCAACUUCUCUAUCGUGUAUGCAAAAAAACCCUGGAUCCAUUAGUCUUUUUUUUUUAUACCGUUAUUGAAAGCAGAAUUUGCUGUAUAGCAUCCAUUACCUUUUUUAUACUUUUUUUUUAUAAAACAUGUGGAACAAACCUUAGGGGUGCGUUCACAAAAUGUAUAAAUUGCAGUUUGUCAUUGUUUUCUAUAAUGUAACUCAAUGGGAAACUGAUUCUGCUGUAUGGCAUACAACGGCAUCUGUUUUUCAGAAUACGUUUUUGCCCACAGGGAUGUGAUCAUAUGAAGUUAUAAAGUCUCCUGCGUUGCCAUGUAAGUAGUCCCCUUGGGCGGGGAGCUAUGCUUGCUUGGACCUGUGGAUUUGGCCAUAGUGACUCCCCCCCCCCCCCCCCCCCUCGGUGUGAUUGGCUGCCUAUGUCACCCCUCUGUCUGCUUAGGCAGCAGAGUGAUGACACAGGCCUUCAACCAGGCCGAGGGGCAGUCACUACAGCCACUGGACUGGACCAUGUAAGCAUAGCUCCCCGCCCUGGGGACUACUUAUGAUAACUUCACAUCCUCACCAUCCCUGGAGGCAAAGAUGUCCCCAGGGGAUGGUGAGGAUAAAGAUUUUACCAUAUCUAACUCGUUGACAAGCAUUAUAUAUGGUAAAAUCUCAUAAUUGGUUCCCUUUAAGCUUUUCACACCACUAGACAAUGGUGACUGACCAUGUUAGUACCACCAGGGCUGAGAGGAAUAUUUCAAAAACUCUGAACGUCCUCAUUCAAAUGGCCAUAUUUUACAAAUAGGUCUGUAUGGUGCCCUCAAAUCAGUUCAGUAGAACUGCAGGAAUAUACUGUACGACUAGAAUGUAGACAGUGAAACGGUGCAGUAUGCCCAUCUAAAUAAGGCCUAACUCUUGGCCCGAUCAUGGCGAGUUUGACACCUGUUUAGUUCUACAUAAUUUUUCAGACUCUGGCAUUGUAUAGAAACUAUUCAAGAAUUGUAAAUACGUGAAACCCACAAAAUGAGAUACUUAAUGGGGGGGAGGGGAUGCCAGAAUGACAUUAUUUAUUAAAAGAAUUAUUGCUGUUAUUUAUCAUAUUCUACAUUAAGUGAUUUUUGUCAAUAAAAUCAAUGCUAUUCACUUGAA